ACUGACACAGAUCGUGAUUCCAUGAGAGUCUUAGAUAGAGUUUCCCCUCCUGUGUUAUUAAUAAAUACAAAGUGAUCCUGUGUUUUUCUGGAGACAUAUGGAACUACUUAGCGCUAAAGAACAAACUCCACUCAAAGGUUUUGAAACACUGGGGCUGGCAUCUCCAAAACAUUUGUCAUGAGCAGAAAACAGCAAGUGGAGGAUGGCAGCAACACAACAUCCACUGAGGAAUUACACAAUGAGGAUAUUUCAAAACAUGAUGUACACACUGACUCUGAAAGAGCCCUGUGUGAAACUACACUGCUCAACACACUAAAGAUGAACCAGAUAGGCAUGAAAGCUCUGGGGGAACUUUUUGAGCACUGCAUUCAGCAAGUGUCGGGUCUGGAGAGGCAGAGGGACGAGCUGAUCCAGGAGCUUCUGGCUCUGAACGAGCCUAUGCUGCAGGUUGUGGAGCACCUCAGAGAAAAGCUGAUGGCGGCAAGGAGGCUUCUCACUCUGGCUCAGCUGGAUUAUGUCUCUAUGCACCAGGAAGUGGAGCAGGUAAAGAGGAAACUGUUCACCACAGCCAGAGUCUGCAUCCAGAGUCAGGUGGCGCUGGCUGGACAGGAGUACGAAGUGGCUCAGUCUAGUCUGGCACAGGAGGAACUGAAGGCCAGUCUCCAUGAUCUGUCCCAUGAGUUGCACCAGCUGCAGGUUGACCACCAGAACCAGCUCAACUCCCUCAGAGAUCAAGCCUCUAGACCGCGCCGGUCAAGGACCAUGAGUGAUGUCAGUCAGUGUCGGCAGGCUUCCAUCAGGCUGCAGCGGAGGCUCAGCGGCAGCGUAAAGGCACUGGAGGGCUGGUACGAGCCACGCAUGGUAGCCCUGCUGAGGAGAAGGCAGGCUGGGGAGGAAGCUCUGAGAAACUGCAAGGAGCAGGCGAUGGACCUGAGAGCCAGCCUGGCUCCUCUGAGAGAAGACAUUCGGAGGCUGGAGGUGCAGAGAUCUUGUCUGCUGAAACGGAUCAAUCUUAUGGAGAUGGAGAGGGAGGAGAGGACAGCACAUCACAAGGAAACAGUGGAAGAACUACAAGAGACACUCAGAGAAUUAAAAUUGGAGUUUGAGAUUCAAAAAACCUACAGGACUGAUUUGGAGCAGCUCACAGAGGGCCUGAAAACAGAGCUCACAUUUUUAAGAGGAAACAAUGAACUGCAUAACAUCUCUGAAGAGAAAGAACAGUUAUCUAUUUCCAGAGGCUGAAAGCAGAUCAAGCCCCAGAACAGCUUAAAGGUUUACAUCAUGGUCUUACAGAUCAUGUUACUUUAAGGACACAUUUGAACCUCCUGUGGACUGAUCUACAAGAAACGACUUCAGUGGCUUUUAAAAGCAAAACCUGCUUCCACAACUUUGAACUUAAGCCGUUGCAGAUUUUCUCCAAUAUAAGCAGUCAGAAUUUUAGCAGAUUAUGCUUCUCAGAAUUUGACAAGUUUAUGUAGUUUGAAGUUUGUAUUUUUAACUUCAGUAUGAGAAUUUAAUAUAAAAAAAAAAAAAGUUUUUUUAUUAAAUUUCCUUUGCAGCACAAAAGAAAACUUUGUGCUGCAAAAAUGCUGUAGUUUCUGCAUGAUGCUGACAGAAACUGCAGCAUAAUGCAAACAUUAACAUAAUUCCCAAUUUAUAGAACAUUAAGUCUUGCCUCUAAAAAAAACCCAGAAGUAAAAUUCACAAAUUUCUGUAAAUAUUUUUAUUAUGAAUAUUCUUAGAUACACAAAAGCUCAGGUGCAGCACAGAAACAAAAUGCAGAAGAAAACAAAACACAAACAAGUGACGACACAAGCUGAAAAAUUCACCUACAAAUAUCAAGCAAAUAAAAAGGAAAACCCUACAGUAUGUACAAUUGUAUUAAAAAUGGAUCAUUGUGAAAAUGUUUUCUGCACAGCUAAUGACAAGAAAUAAAACUGAUAACAGCAGACUGGUCGAAGAAGGUUUCAUUACCAACCACAAAUGAUCUUGGAAAAACUAAAUGGUAUCUAGAAAUCAGAUUGAAACUGGUGUAAUUUGAAAUGCAUCACAACACGUUAAUGGUGCAGAAACUCUUUUAAACACUUUUCUCUGAGAUGUAUUUGAAAACGUUUUGCUGCUUACGGAAGCAGAUCUGAGAAAGUGAUCCAUUUUUAACAAGCAGGUCAAAAGAAGUGAGUUCAGUACUGGACUCAUGCCUGGACCUCUGAAUCUGCAGCACCCUCUGGGUCUUCAUCGUUGUAGAUGUUUUCAGCCUGUGCAAGACAAUUCACACAGAUUUACUACAUUUGCUGUUUAUAAUAAAUGUAAUAAGCUAAAAUUUACUAGUUGAAACAAUAAUAUAUUAAAUUCCAUUCUAAGUUUUACCCUAGUCUCCACAUCUACUCUUCAUUUUAAACAAAGAAAAAAAAAAACAUAAGUAAACCAAUUACAGAGUGCUAAUAUGUUUCUGCUAUAAUUUCAUAGAAAACACUUCAGAUAAUAAGCCAUAUAACCAAGCUAUUGGAUAAAAACUAGAUGUUUUAGUUCCACAUCAACAAAAACAUCUUAUUGAUAGUUUCUGCCUUGAAACUAUCUGUGCUGCAACCAUCAAAUCUCACCAAAUGUAUUACCACCCAGGUGGUCCUGCAUGAUAUUUUAUUGAGUACAGUGAUACUGCAAUAAUAAAUGUGAAAUGUAUUGUGAAA